CUAUAUUGUCCACUUUUUACCUUUCAAUCGAUGAUAAUGUCAAAGAUGAAAUAAUUCCGGUCGUUGCGAGUAUUAAAUGCGAUCAACCCUAAGGUUCCAUAAACAAUAUGAUUUUAAGCAAUUGUUUGAAGUGGAAGGAAAAGCGAUGGUAGAUGGCAGACAGUGAUAGAGAAUAUAUUUAGUUUUUUUUGUUGUCUUUGGGUUAAACACGCAUUUUCAACUAGCCCGGAUCGGUUUUUACGGUCAUUCAACGCAGAGGCUACAUUGGGCGCGUUCAGCGGAUCAGUGAGCGCUAAGUGAUUCUUUAAUAUGAUUAGUUCUUGCCUUUAGUUCUUCGUUGGAUUUAGAAGCAGAAACCAAUCAUAGUAAAGAAUUAUUGAGCGCUCACCAGCGUUCACUGAUCCACUCCGGCACUCCGUCCUGAACCGGUCGAACGCGCCCAUUUAUAGUUUUUCUCAGUUUUUCUGGUGAGGUUAGAUAGCUCGUACUUGUGAUCAUGCGAUUGAGAUUUGGAUCGAAUCAAACCACGACAUUCUGCUGAAAAUAGUGGCCCUUAACAAACGAUAUGCGGUGUUUGACGACAACGAGUCUUGAAUAGAUGACCGCGCUUGAAAUUUUAAUAUUUUCGUGUUCAGUAUAUACAACAUAUAUCAUAUCAUAUUUCGUAUUGGAAUUGGUAUUAAUUUUAAGAACUUAAGUAAUAAUGGAUGCUCUGUUUACCCCAAAUGUUCCUGAUGAAGCAGAAGAUAUACCACAAACGGAUGAGCCAGUCUGGAUACUUGGCAGGAAGUAUAAUGCUAUAAAAGAGCUCGAUGCAAUACGUAGGGAUAUUCAAUCCAAAUUAUGGUUUACUUAUCGUAAAGGCUUUGUUCCUAUUGGUGGUUGCAAUUCUACAUUCACGUCUGAUAAAGGUUGGGGUUGUAUGUUGAGAUGUGGACAAAUGGUUCUGGCCCAAGCAUUAAUUACAUUACAUUUAGGUAAAGAUUGGCAGUGGAUACCAGAAACAAAGAAUAAAACAUAUCUGAAAAUUUUAAGUCGUUUUGAGGAUAAAAGGGCUGCUGCUUUCUCUAUUCAUCAAAUUGCAUUAACGGGUGCAUCUGAAGGGAAGGAAGUUGGACAAUGGUUUGGCCCUAAUACUAUUGCACAAGUAUUAAAAAAAUUAAUUGUGUAUGAUGAGUGGAGCUCUCUUACUAUACAUGUUGCACUAGACAAUACAUUAAUAGUUAACGAUAUUUUGAAACAAUGUAGAAUAGAAGGUGGUGAAACAGCAGAAGCAGAUGGACAAGUUCCUUUAAAGGCACCUAGUCAGUGGAAGCCUCUAUUAUUAUUAAUCCCACUACGUCUUGGGCUCAGUGAAAUUAAUCCUGUAUAUGUAAAUGGACUCAAGACUUCAUUUAAGAUCUCACAAUCUCUUGGAGUAAUUGGUGGAAAACCAAAUCUUGCUUUGUAUUUUAUAGGCUGUGUAGGAGAUGAGAUGAUCUAUUUAGAUCCUCAUACUACUCAAAAGUCAGGUAGCAUUGAAGACAAGGUAACCGAAGAAGAAAUUGAAAUGGAUAUUACAUAUCACUGCAAAUCAGCUAGUCGUAUUCCUAUUACGGGCAUGGAUCCUUCUGUAGCGCUUUGCUUUUUCUGUGCUACAGAAAAGGAAUUUAAAUCUCUGUGUAAAUCAAUGCAAGAGGAAUUAAUUUUGCCUGAAAAGCAACCAUUGUUUGAGCUAUGCACAGAGCGUUUGGCACACUGGUCAGCAGAUGAUACAGUUUCGGAAGCAAUAGCAGCUUCCAGUUUUAUAGACUUUGAGCACAUUGAACGUCAGUACGACACAUCUGAUGAAGACUUUGAACUACUUGGUUGACGUCCAACUAAUCCACCUAUUAUUGCGACAAGAUGCGAAAUAACAAUUGAAUACUACACAAGUGUGUUCUUAGAGACGAUUUGUAUUUUCGACUACAUGCAGUACGAAGUUUAAAACACACUCACAUGAUACAAGAAAUAUACAUGUGUGUGUUUUUUAUGUAUAUAUAUAUAUAUAUAUAAAAUAUAAAAUAUACUAUUUACAUAUAUAUACUUUGCACAUAUACACACACACACACACACACACACACAUAAUAUUUAGGUUUAGGUUUAUACAUUUGCGCAAUAUUACGUCAACUAUUGCAUACAUUUGUGCUUUAAAUCAGAGAUAUGUGUAACUCUGAAGUAUUACAUUGAUAAUUUAUCAUCUUCAUUUACAUUUUAUUAUUUGCAUGUGUAAGAUUUCUAAAAUAAAAAUGUGAAUUAGAUAACUUUUUUAAGUUCUUAAAUGUUAGUUUUAAAUGAUAAUUAAGAAUUUCAGAAAUAUACCUUUUUAAAACUUAUUGAUAUAAAAACAUACAAUUGUAAAAGAAAUUCAAAAUGUACGUGCGAGUAGUAUCCGGUCAAAUUAUAUCUCAGAUUUAUCACAAAAGGUAAUGAAUUAAAGAUAAAAAAGAAAAUUUGUAACAGUUUUUCAAAAUUAGAUUUUUUAAGUUGAAUGUAUAACAGUUGCACUUUAAAACUAUUUAAAGUUUUUAAAUUUUUAACGGUAUAAAUUAUGUUUUCGACGUUCGCAUUUAUACAUUAAUCGUGUAUAUAUCAUUUACAAUCGAUUGAAUUUGUGCAUAUAAUCUGUCAAUAACACUAAAACAAAAAACAAUCAUUCUCAAUCAAACAUUGAAUAAUAAGUUCAAGUUCCACAAUUGUUAUAUCUAGUCGCGUCACUGUUUAUUUGUCUAAUGCGGAAGAGCUGUUCUAAAGAAUCCUGUUCUAGAGAGGAUUAAAGUGACAAUGAAUGUGUUAUUCGAUCAAACUAUAGAUAAUGUUUCAAACGUCCUUCAUAACCAAAGUCAUUGCAUAUUUCAUAACAUGAGUUAUUAGUCGUACAAUAUAAUAGUAACCGAACUAGAAAUUGCAGUACUUAAUAUUGAAAUAUAUUAAGAAUAGAUUCCUAAGAACAAAGUUUUUUAUAAAUUUUUUAUAAAGAAAAACCUCAUUUUGUAACAUAUUUUUUAUUUUAAUUUUAUAAUUUUAUUAAAGUAAUAGUUCAACAUUUUUCAAAGUGUUUGUAAAAGUAUUUUAUCGACGGAAUUAAAGAAGUGAAGGAAAAAGGUUUUCAUACAAAACAGAAAAAAAUUUUUAAUGUAAAAACGAAAAGAAGUGUGGAAGGGGGAAAAUCUUAAGUUUCCUCAUUGCCUUUGUAACUGAGUAUAUAUUUCAAUGAAUGCAGUUGAUUAAUGUUCGCAGUUUUAUAUUAUCUGUUAUACUAGACACAUACUUGGAAUGCACAUGGCCUGCGAUAAGUAUGUAAAUCACUAUCAUAAAUAUUUAUUCUCUGUCAUAUGUAACUAAAGACGGUUUGAUUUUCUAUAAUUUGUUUAACAUGAUGUGUAUUUCAAUAAGUAUAUCACACAAAGAGAAUAUUUUAAUAUUAAUUUUAUGUUUGUAAAUAAUGAACUUAAUAUAUAUAUUGUUAUUUUUAUAUAAACAAAAUUUGUAUUAAUUUUUUAUUAAAGAAUAUUACUAAGUGAGAAAACGAUAGAAUGAACUCUUAUUUUUAAAGGAUUUUAAUAUACUUGUUUAAUUUCAUUUAAAUAACUUUAGAAAAUUUGAAACGUACGUGUUCAUGGAAAUGAUUCAUAAAUCUAAUGUUGUUCAUACGAGACUUGUAUAGAGAUUUAUAGAGAUCAUUUAAAGAGUAGCUUAUUGAAAUUUUCUUGUGCACAGCAAUAUCUGUAAAAAUACAAUUAUCUGUAAAAUAUUUAGAAAUAAAUUAAAAAGUACUGAGGUAAGGUCUUUAAAAGACGAAUAUUUUUAUGCGAUAUUUUAUAUUCAUUCUUAAAUGAGAAUAUAUUGAUAUGAAAUAUA